CUUGGCUGGAAGCCCGGCCCGGAAAGCACCGCUGCCUUCAUCAUCGACAGCGGCGAGCUGCCGCCCUCCAAGCGCGGCUGCGCCAUGCCAGAGGACCUCGGGCUGCGGCUCACCGGGCCCUUCGAGCACGAGCUGGCACUCUGCCACAAGGACGCGCUGGCCAGGAUCGCCAGGGAGGCCCCAGCUGGCUCUGCCUUGAGCAGCAGCCCGCCACGCACCCUGGACGUGGGCGAUCCGGCCUUGGACGCAGAGGUCCCUUGCUCCGGCUCGAACAGCCGCUACAUCACCAAGGGCGUAGCCCACGGUGGGCGCGAGAUCUGGCAGCCAGAGACCUUCGAGGACCUGCGCUCCAGGCUGGGCCUCAAGGGCUGCCCACAGAGCGAGGUCAACCAGACACGGGUGGACGCCCUGCCCAGGUUCCAGGUCAGGGUGGUGCAGGAGAUACUGCAGACCCUGCAGUGGGAGGGCCGCAACAUCCUCUCGCGCAGCUUCUUCGCCGUGCUCCGGCGGGGGCGCACCAGCAUGUGCCCUGCCCGCGGCAGGUGGAAGCUGGGACUGGGCGUGGGCUACGACCUGUACACUCGGCCGUACUUCGUGCUCUACGACGGCGUCGUGCUUGACGACGCGCCGAAGCACCGCACGCUCCGGCGGAACGGCACCGAGCUCGACGCCUAUCUGCGGAGCCUGCCGGCAGGCGCGGGCUUCCCGCUGAGGCCAGGGGAGAGCUUCGUCCAGUCCACGUUCAUGCCGUACGUCGCCGAGGUGACCAAGGCCGCCUUUCUGGCGUCUGAAUACCUCCCAGACGGCCGUGACGCCUAUAGCCGGGCCGGGCUGGAGCCAGACGGGUCGUACUUCUUUUUCGCGGCCGAGUUCUUGCUGGAGCCGCGCGGCGGCAUUCGGCUUGUGGAGUACACAUCUGUGCCACAGGUCACCAGCGUCACGCACGGCCCAUCCACAGCCUUCCUGCCCCAGCGACUCGGCACGCAGUUCGCGGCGCUGCUCCUGAAGAGUGCCGGGCAGCCCGCCAGCAGUGAAGGCGGGCACCUGCUGGACUACCCGGACUGGCGGCGCCUGGCCUCCAGGGAGGCCUUCCCCCACCCGUGAGGGGCGGGCCUGGCCCGGCCCCCACGGCGCCACCCCCCGGCCUCUGCGCGGCAGGCCCGCCCCCCCCGCCCUGCGCCCUGCGCCCGUGGGCGUGGGCGCCCGUGGG